CGCGCAUGCGUCUUACAUUGAGUUUGGCGCGCGGGAAUCAGGUCGUUAAGCAAGUUGGUUGCUCGAUUUCACCCCGUCACUAAAUUAUCUUUGCAUUUUAAGAAUUACUUACGAAGUGUCAGCAUGUGGAAUCAAGGAGGCUACAGUGAGUCGGGAAUGGUUGGGGGUUACACGCAGUCUCCUGGAGGCUUUGCAUCGCCUGGCUUGUCCCAAGGAGAGAAGAAAGGGAGGACCCGUUCCACUCAAAUUAUACCCUGCACAGUGUCUCAGUUGAUGUCUGCAUCUCAGGCUGAUGAAGCCUUUAAAGUGGGAGAAGUGGAGGUUAACCAGGUCACCAUUGUUGGCAUCAUCAGAAGCACGGACAAAUCCAUGACCUACAUCCAGUACAGGGUUGAUGACAUGACAGGUGCUCCUAUGGAUGUGAAGCAGUGGGUGGAUACAGAGGAUCCGAGUGUGGACAGCACUGUUUUGCCUCCAGGAACAUAUGUCAAAGUCUCUGGAAACCUACGCUCUUUUCAAAACCACAGGUCUAUGGUGGCGUUCUGUAUCAGACCCCUGGAGGACAUGAAUGAAAUCACCUCACACAUGCUGGAAGUUGUCCAAGCACACAUGGCGCUCGGCAAACCGCAGAACACCCUUGGUGGUGGUGGAGGAAUGACUGCUGGGAGCGUGUCCAAGCCAGCCAUUGGAGGAAUGGGAGGCAGCUAUGCGGGUGCCAGCGAUAUGACUAACAACGGGUUAAGUCCAAAUCAAAAUCAGGUGCUGAGUCUAAUAAGAGGUUGCCCAGAACCACAGGGUAUCAGCAUUCAAGAUCUGAAGCACCGACUUGGUGGUAUGAGUCUCCCCAUGAUUAAACAGGCGGUGGAGUUCCUUAGCAACGAGGGUCACAUUUUUUCCACUAUCGACGAAGACCACUUCAAAUCAACCGACAACGACUAGUUCACUUCUUUUGAACUUUUGGGGUACCGCACUGAAACCUUUGUUACUCAAGUUGUAGACUUUGUCAAACUCUUAAUGCAAGUACAAAAAUGUGGGAAGAUACUCAGCAUUUUUCUGUUUCCUCCUUCUGCAUUCAUGCAGCAGCUUCUGCUAUUCACUUCUUUGAAGGAAAGCAGUUGUUGCUGCACUUCAUUUUGUGUUUCUGUGUGUACCCUCUCCUCUCUUGUAAAGCAUCUUUUGAUUUUUUAGUCUUGCACAAGUACCCAGUGGCGCUUUUUACUUUCUGUGCAGUUUUCUCUGUAAGAAUAGAUUUCGCAAAACUGUGCUUGGAUUUUUCUUCCUCUGUAAACCAAGAAUUUAUUUUGUCUGUAUAAUAAAAUAAAUCUGUUAAAUCUGAA